AUGGCUCGACCCAGCAGCGACGCGCCUUUCCGCACCUUCACCGGCACCUCCGACCAUGUCCUCAAAGGCACGCCGGUCGCGAUUGGCCGAGCGCACGCGUCCCUCCUCCUCAUAUACACCGUCCCCAAAGGGAUCAUCCUCGCCCGCGAGACUCCCCUCAGUCUCAACUUCAUCGACCCCGCCGACCCGUCCACCGUCCCGGGCGAAGGCGUGCCCAUCUCCACCGACGGCGCCGCGCACCCACCACUCCGCUUCGUCAUCCGCAGCACGACUCUCGAUUCCCUCCUGGCCCUCCGCGACAACGAGGGGCGCGCGCCCGCGCACGUCGUCAAGCGGUUCCCGCCGCGCAGCCGCCGCGGGCCGCUCGUCGAGGUCGAGCUGGACGUCGCGGAGAACGAGCUCGCGCACGCGUGCGCGCGGUGCGGCCGGUGGGAGGCGCUCUACGGGCCGCGGUUCAUGCGCUGCGGUGGGUGUCGGAGCAGGCGGUACUGCUCGAAAGAGUGUCAAAAGGCGGACUGGAAGAAGGCGUACCACAAGAGCGAAUGCGCACUGCUGAAGGAGGGGAAGGCGGCCGAGGUCGAGGGCCGGCGGAGGCUGCACGACAACGGGCGCGGGUCUCCGUCGCCUCACGACGGCGGAGAGGCGUACGAGCGCGCGAUGGACGACUGCGACUACCUCUUCCUCGCGCACGGAAUGCCGUCUCCCCCGCGUGACGCGCCCCCCGGCACCGUCCCCCCUCGCCCUUCGCCCGACACCCCAGUCGGCCCGAACGGACUUCCGGUCGACUUAUUCUCCACCGGCUCGGCCUCGACGGAUAUUUACCUCAGAGACAUGUUCCAGGCCAAGCGCAAGUACGGGGACAGCUACGGCGCGCACAUCCGUGUGCUCGAGAACGACUUCGCGGACAUGCGCAUGGGGCCCCCGCCCGCUCGCGCCGCGGGAGACCAAAGCUCCCUUCCGCCGCUGCCCUCCAUCUCCGGCUUCACGCCGACGGGCGACGAGAGCGAAGACGAGAUCGCCUUGUUCGACUACGUGGGCGAGCACGGGACGGAGGCGCAGCAGGAGGAGGUCAUGCGUGCCAUCGACGCGCGCAUGAGCCACAGAGAGCACGCCAUGCACGGGACCGUCGACCGCUUUCGCGAGGCCCAGAACCAGGCGGAGUACUGGAGUGGAAUGGAGAAGAUGCUGAGGCCACCGGGGAUGGAUGAUCCCUCAACCGAGCACGGCAUGCUUAAUGGCCUCGACUGA